CUUCCCUCGAUGAACGGAUGGACGUCGUCAGCCCUUUUUUGCGAUAUUCUUCUUGCUCUGUUCAACGAUCAGAUCAUCAGCAUUCAGCAAAUAGAGUAUUCUUCACAACCACGUCGUUGUCGUCGUCGAUAGUAGAUCCUUUGACGUACAGUGUACAACAGACACCACAACGGACCCUCGCCAUGCCGCUCGUAGACAAGCUCCGGACAAACUCGCAAGACCCCUCGGGCGACGAUAGGUUGGGGUUAUGGGACCCGUCCUUGAAACAGCAACGAAAGGGGACCCUGAAAAAGGUCUUGAUCGCCUUUUUGUUGAUCACAAUCUCGAUGUGGUUGUUCCUCCCCGUCUACUUUGGGUCUUAUUACCGACAAACGGAAAACACCUACCGCCUCACAACCCUCAUCCUCGACCUAGACUCUGCCGCCUCGACCCUCUCUUCCACCCUCUCCUCUUCCCUCCCCAACGCGCAAACACAACCAUACACCGCCAUCCUCGGACCCGCCAUCACCCAAUCCGCUCGGACCUACUUGACAGAGGUGGCACCUCUUACCAACUCUACCACCUGGGCUCUGGGGUAUACGUUCCCCACGGACGAACAGUUGAGCGAGUUUUCCCUGCCGUACAGGAACAAUCAGGGGGAGAUCGGGUAUACACCCGGGGUGGACCCGGAGGAAUGGGCCAAGGAGAAGGUGCAUGGGCAGACUUAUUGGGCGGUGGUGCUUGUCAGAGGGAAUGCGACGUUGCUCGCGUUGGAGGCGCUCGCGGGGAGGGUGGAUAGUUAUGAUCCCAUGGGCAGCGUAGCCAUCAUCUACACCGAAUCCCGAAACUUUUUCACCUCGAACCAAUACGUCUCCACCCAGACCGUCGAACUCGUCACCGCCGCGUCCAAUCAAGCCGGAUCCACCCUGAUCGACAACUAUCUGGAAUCUACCAACGACGCUGCCGCGGUUGCGGAUACGGCCAGCGCAGGGGGUGGGGCGGGGAGGAUGGUCUUGACCAGGCCGUUUGGGUAUAGCGAGUAUAAUCUCGCACCGUUUGACCAGUUGGCCGGGGAGGCGGCGACGACGGCGGGUGCGAUCUACCUUAUUAUCUUCGUCUUCUUUUUCACCCCCAUCUGGACCGGCGUCUACUCGACCGUCCGCAGUGGGUUGACGUUGGGCUCGGACCUCGUCCUGACGAUUCUAGCCAACUUGGGGUGGUACUUCUGGAUCUCUUUGCAUUACUCGUUGUUAUCCCUCGCUUUCGGGGUCACCUUUACCCGAGCUAGGGGGUAUGGAGGGUUCCCUCUAUACUGGCUGAUGAACUUUGUCACGAUGAUGGCCCUCGGGUUCCCUAUGCAGUUCUUCUUCGAGAUCCUUGGACAACCCUAUUUCCCCUUCUUCUUGGUCUUUUGGGUCAUCAUCAACGUCUCGGUGGCUUUCCUAGAUAUCGCGGAUAUGGAUCCGUUUUAUAGCUACGGCUUUGCGUUCCCCGUAUGGAACAACGUGGAUGCGGCGAAACACCUGUUCUUUGCCACGAAGUCGCACCUGGUUCAAAACUUUGCUGUCAACCUUGCUUGGGCGCUCAUAAGCGCUUUCCUCCUGGCUUGCCUUGUCUUCCACCGUCGAAGCAAGGAGACCAGGUCCGCUUGGGAAGCGCACCGAAAAGAACUCCACCCUCCCAAGCGCCAGAUGCGACUGGUAUUGUAAUCCCCCGGUGGCUUGCUUAAAUGGGGCGGAAAUGAUCUUCCAGGUUAGGGACGCAGGGGCGGAAAGGAGAACUGUAUCGAUUUAGAUCUGGCAUUGGCCUUGUAGCUGUAGUGAAAAUGUUCCAUUUAUAAUUCAUAAGUUCGGGCAGG